CCCCGUCAAACUACCACAGAAGAAAAGUUCCACAUCGCUUGAUCACGUAGAAGCAAAUACCUGUAACCUGGCACUUGAUGUUGUCCACUUAGUUUUUAGUCGUUUAGCUGGGGAAUGACGAAAAAACGAGCAAAUGUCAUCAGCUUGGUUUCUUUACGAUUCAUUCUAGAAUAAACUAUAGGUCAUUCUAAUGUAUGAAUUGUUCCUUCGUGGUUGGUUUAGAUCAUAUGGUAGGCUACUCGGUUUUCUCUUUCCUAAAACCUAAAUCCGUUGGAUAAUUAGUUCAUAGGCCAAACAGUUAAAAUCGCACAACAACCCACGGAUAAAUACACAGACCGCAUCGUCUUUUUUAUUUCUAUUUUAUUUUAAUAUGCUUGCGCUGCGAAUCUAAUUUAAAAUCUUAAAAUGUUACUUCUGACGGCUAGUCGGUUACCAUGACAUUUCCUAAGCGCACACCAUUGUUGUACCGUGAUGUAAUAAGGCAACAUUUUAGAACGUCAGAAAGGUAUGAAUAAGGCCAUCAGUAGGAUAAGGCAUAAGAGGUGACAGUCGGGAGCUGCCCUCGAACGGCCCAAACUCUCGAAAUGUCACCAAAAUAAUGCAGAACGUUCACGCGUUUUUGAAGCCCUUAUGAAAUGAGGCAGACUGUACCUCCAUUAAGUAAGUGACAUUUCAGAAGAAAGGAUGGAGCAAGCAGUCAGUGCCAUUGACUUCACCGUCUUCAACAAGCUGCGACAGGAGGGCAAAUUUUGUGACGUGAUCGUCUUGGUGAAUGGAGACGAGUUCAAAGCCCACAAGGUUAUUCUGUGUGCCUGCAGCUCUUACUUUCGCACCCUGUUCACUGGAGGCUGGAACACAGGCAAGAAGGAGGUGUACAAUGUUCCUGGAGUGGCACCUGAUAUGAUGAAGCUCAUCAUUGACUACGCCUACACACAAACUAUACCGGUCACAAAGGACAACGUGGAAGGCCUUCUGUCUGCUGCUGACCAGUUCUGCGUCACAGGCAUCGUACAAGCCUGCUGUGACUUCCUGGAGACUCAGCUUUGCCCGCAGAACUGCAUUGGCAUCUGGAAGUUCACGGAAACCUACUUCUGCCCUGAGCUGCGGCACUGUGCCUACCGCUUCAUCCUGCACCACUUUGAGGAGGUGGGGCGCACCUCUGAGGAGUUCCUGGGCUUGUCACUGGCCCAGCUCUGUGACCUCAUUGAGCAAGACCUCCUAAACAUCAAGCAGGAGGACGUGGUGUUUGACCUGAUCCUGCGGUGGAUUGGGCACUCGCCUCCAGAGCGCAAACCCCAUAUCUCUGUGCUGUUGCUCAAGAUGCGGAUUGGCUUGAUGAGUACAGACUUCAUUGUGAAUAACUUGAAGAAGAACUCCCUGGUGAAGGAGAGUGAUGAGUGUAAACCCCUAAUCCUUCAUGUCAUGAAAGAGCGGAGUGGUUUCCAUGGCAGCAAGUCCCCCAGCUACAAGAUAGUGAGUCCACAGAAACGUCCCCGCCUGCCCCACACCAUCCUGCUAGCCAUCGGAGGUUGGAGCGGCAGUAGCCCCACCAAUGCCAUAGAGUCCUAUGACAUCCGGGCCAACUACUGGGUCAAUGUGACCCAGAACGAGAGCCCCCGGGCCUACCAUGGCACUGCCUACUUGAACGGCUUCAUCUACUGCAUCGGGGGCCGUGACAGCAUGGAGUACUUCAGUAGCGUGCGCAAAUUCAACCCUGUGGCCCUCACCUGGCACGAGGCGGCGCCCAUGCAUUGCUGCCGCUGCUUCGUGAGCGUCACCGUGCUGGACGACCACAUCUACGCCAUGGGCGGCUUCGACGGGUACGUGCGCCUCAGCUCUGCGGAGAGAUACGUGCCUGAGACCAACCAGUGGAGCUUCAUCCCACCCAUGCACGAGCAGAGGAGCGACGCUAGUGCUACCACGCUGCACGGCAAGGUGUACAUCUGUGGGGGCUUCAAUGGGGAAGACUGUCUCUUCACUGCAGAGUUUUACAGUCCUCAGACCAACCAGUGGACCAUGAUCACCCCUAUGAACAGUCGCCGCAGUGGGGUCGGAGUCACGGUGUAUGGGGGGGAGGUCUUUGUGGUGGGAGGCUUUGACGGGGUGAACCGUCUGCGCAGCGUCGAUGCCUACAACCCCCUGACCAACUCCUGGCGCACCAUCCCGGACAUGAUCACCGCCCGCAGCAACUUCGGGAUCGAGGUGAUGGACAACAGGCUGUUCGUGGUGGGCGGCUUCAACGGCUUCACCACCACCUUCUACGCGGAGUGCUACGACGAGAGCGUGGACGAGUGGACCAACAUCCACAACAUGAGCUUCUUCCGCAGCGCGCUGAGCUGCUGCACCGUGCCCGGCCUACCCAACAUCAGCCACUACGCUGCCCCCCGAGGCUCCCUGUGA